AUGGCGUUGGCCUCCCUGGAGGCGGUGCCACGGAUCCUCAGCAUCCAUGAGGUGAGCCAUAGCCCGGCGAUGAGCUCCCCAGACGGCACUGCCUGCGGCUCGACCCCGCCGACGCCAGGCACUCCGAUUCGCCGGGUGAACUCGUCAAAGCGCCUAGGGGACGACAUUGUGCAGCUGGCGCAGCGUGAGGACUUUUCAGACUUGGCGGACUUUGACCCGGUGGGCACCGGCGGAGCUGGAAAAGCGGACUUUGUGGAUCUUACUGGCCUCUUCGCGGCCGUGCAGCGCCCAGAGAGGUUGGUGGCUGAGCUGCCGGUCCGGAGGGAGGCUCCCGAGGCAACGCCUGACACCAAGGCGGCGGACCAGCAGGAUCACCCUAAACGCCUGGUGGCCGAAAUCGAGGCUGGCGCACUGGGCCUGCGCCCGUUGCCGGACGGGCUGCAGCUGGAUGCCCCGGCGAUCUGCGGCUCGGCGAUGCCGGCGGCGCCGGACUUUGGCGAGGCCUCGCCGGCGUCCACGCUGCCGGCGUCACCGCCGGAGGGGCGGGCCUGGGGCCACCUCUCCCACAAGCGCGGCCGCAGCCUGGAUGCCACGUUGCAGCAUCCGUUGAACCUGGACGCUCUGGACUUGCAGCCCACGCUGGAAACGACGCCGGCGCCGCUGUUCGCGGCGCCGGAGCUCAGCUCCGCGAGUCUGGCGCAUGCGCUGGACUUGCAGCAGAGCAUCCCUGCGUUCAGUGCCAUCCGAGCGCUGGAGGCGAAACAAAUCCCCGCGCCGGCCCCGGACUGGCAGCUGCAGCCCUGGCAGCCGGUGCAGGGAGCUUCCAUCGCCGUCGCGCGAGUGCGGGAGGCUGAGAAGGCCGAGCGGGAUGCCUUCCAUCGCUUCAUGCGGGAGGGCGACUUGCUUCUUCUGGACGCGCCGUACCAGGCAUACCUCAAGUAUUGCGAAGCCAACAGCCAGCACCAGCGCCUCUACGACUACAAGUCAGGCGACGCCUUCCGCGGCAUGGCGCGUGCUCUCUCGAAAGCCGCUUUGGCGCCGCCGCGGUCGCUUGCCCCAGUGGAGGAGCACCUGGACUUGGGUAUGGCGAUGCUGGAGUCUGCACUCGCUGCUGGGUGCCAGCUGGGGGACGCCCGCAGCGACCCGCUUUUGGCGAACCUGCGCCGGUUCCGCCCGCAGCGCUUCGCUGCGCUCAUGGAGCAAGUGCCAGCCACCGGCCUCGACGCCCUCGCAGUGACGGCGUCUGCCGGGGUGGCGGCGCUUGCGACCAUCGCAGGCAUCCAGCCCAUUGCACAGCCGGCGGCCUCAGCGCCAGCGGCGCCAGUGCUGCCGGUGGUGCCGGUGGCAUCGGUGGCGCCGCCCACGAUGCUGGCGCCGGUGGCGCCAGUAGCGCCGCCCAUGGCGCUGGUGGCGGUGGCACCGCCCACAGCACCGCCCCCGGUGCUGGCAGAGGCGGGCGAGCUGGAUGUCUCGCAGGACGCCAGCGGCGAAGAUAGUGACAGCGAGGGCAGUGAGGGCAGUGAGGGCAGCGCGGGCAGCGAGGACAGCGCAGGCGAGGAAUCGGACGCCGGGAGCCAGGAAGCCGAGGGCGACGCCUCGGAAGGCGACGCCUCGGAAGGCAAUGCCUCGGAAGGCGACGCCUCGGACGCGUCGGAGGGCGGAAGCCCCCGUGGUGCUUGGGAGUCGCUGAAGGCGCUCUUUGGCUGGUGA